AUGAGGAACCCCACAGAGACCAGCUUCCUCCUGGGAAACGCCCAGAUCGUCGAGUGGCCUGUAGUGUACAGCAAUGACGGAUUCUGCAAACUGUCUGGCUUCCACAGGGCUGAAGUCAUGCAGAAGAGCAGCACAUGCAGUUUUAUGUACGGAGAGCUGACCGACAAGAAGUCCAUCGACAAGGUCAGGCAGACGUUCGACAACUAUGAGUCCAACUGCUUCGAAAUCCUUCUCUACAGGAAGAACAGAAGUCCGGUGUGGUUCUACAUGCAAGUGGCUCCCAUCAGAAACGAGAACGACAAGGUGGUCCUGUUCCUCUGCACUUUUAAGGACAUCACCCUCUUCAAGCAGCCUAUCGAAGACGAAACCACGAAAGGAUGGACCAAGUUUGCACGGCUAACAAGAGCGCUCACCAACAACCGCAACACGCUGCAGCAGCUGGCGCCCAUCAGCAAACCUGAAGUCAGCCAUAAACAGUCCAGACUGGCAGAGGUCUUACAGCUGAACUCAGACAUCCUGCCACAGUACAAGCAGGAGGCCCCCAAGACUCCUCCCCACAUUAUCCUUCACUACUGCACCUUCAAGACCACCUGGGACUGGGUGAUCCUCAUCCUCACCUUCUACACGGCCAUCAUGGUGCCCUACAACGUCUCCUUCAAGACCAAACAGAACAACAUCGUGUGGCUGGUGCUGGACAGUGUGGUGGACGUCAUCUUCCUGGUGGACAUCGUCCUCAACUUCCACACCACCUUCGUGGGGCCAGGCGGAGAGGUCAUCUCCGACCCCAAGCUCAUCCGCAUGAACUACCUGAAGACCUGGUUUGUCAUCGACCUGCUGUCCUGCCUGCCCUAUGACAUCAUCAAUGCCUUCGAGAACGUGGAUGAGGGCAUCAGCAGCCUGUUCAGCUCUCUGAAGGUGGUCCGCCUGCUGCGUUUGGGCCGUGUGGCCCGGAAACUGGACCACUACCUGGAGUAUGGAGCAGCUGUUUUGGUGCUGCUGGUGUGCGUGUUCGGACUGGUGGCUCACUGGCUUGCCUGCAUCUGGUACAGUAUAGGAGACUAUGAGGUCAUCGAUGAAGCAACCAACACCAUAAAGAUGGACAGUUGGCUCUACCAGCUAGCUAUCAACAUCGGAUCACCUUACCGCUACAACGCCAGUGGAUCGGGCCAAUGGGAGGGCGGCCCUGGGAAAGACUCUCUGUACAUCACCUCUUUGUAUUUCACCAUGACCAGCCUGACGACCAUCGGCUUUGGAAACAUAGCCCCCUCUACGGACGGGGAGAAGAUCUUCUCUGUGGCCAUGAUGAUGGUGGGAUCUCUGCUGUAUGCCACCAUCUUUGGAAACGUGACCACCAUCUUCCAGCAAAUGUACGCCAACACAAACCGCUACCACGAGAUGCUCAACAACGUCAGGGACUUCCUGAAGCUCUACCAGGUCCCCAAGGGUCUGAGUGAGCGGGUCAUGGACUACAUCGUCUCCACCUGGUCCAUGUCUAAAGGCAUCGACACGGAGAAGGUCUUAUCCAUCUGUCCCAAGGACAUGAGGGCCGACAUCUGUGUCCACCUCAACAGGAAGUUUGGCUCUGGAAAAAACUUGGUAGUAAAUACAUUUACACUUCUCCCCCCUUUUUCUCAGGUUUUCAACGAGCACCCUGCGUUCCGGUUAGCCAGUGACGGCUGCCUGCGCUCGCUGGCCGUGGAGUUUCAAACCACCCACUGUGCUCCAGGAGACCUGAUCUACCACGCUGGAGAGAGUGUGGACACCCUCUGUUUUGUCGUGUCGGGGUCACUGGAGGUCAUCCAGGACGACGAGGUCAUCGCCAUCUUAGGUAAAGGCGACGUGUUUGGUGAUGUCUUUUGGAAAGAAACCACCCUGGCACAUGCGACUGCUAACGUCAGAGCGCUAACGUACUGCGACCUGCACGUCAUCAAGAGGGAGGCCUUACUCAAAGUGCUGGAGUUUUACACGGCCUUCGCCAACUCCUUCUCACGCAACCUCAUCCUCACAUGCAACCUUCGCAAGCGGAUAAUUUUCCGCAAGAUCAGUGAGGUGAAGAAGGAGGAAGAGGAGAGGCAGCGGGCGAAGAACGAGGUGCAGCUCACCAUCCCGCAGGACCAUCCGGUGAGGAAGCUCUUCCAGAAGUUCAAGCAGCAGAAGGAGCUCCGCAACCAGGGCGCCACCUCCGCCUCGCAGGUGGACCUGGAGAAAAACCAGCUGCAGGUGGAGCAGCAGCAUCACCACCAGCACCUGCACCCGCAGAGCCUGCAGCUGGGCCACUCCAGCCUGCAGCACUCUCUGCCGCUCAGCCUGCAGCGGCCCCACUGCUCCCUGCAGAACGGGGCCCCGCCCAGCAGCAGCGUGCUCACUGUGUCUCAGGUCACGCCGAUGCAAUGCUCGCUGGCGUACAGUCACCCCGGCGAGCCCCCCGCCAAGCAGAACAACUGUGACAUCAUGGAGCUGCAGCCCAGUUCUGCUGGAGGGGGGGACGAGCAGACAGUCAGGCUCAAAGUCAGCACCAGCCCCGCGCUGGUGAAGCCGGCCAUUAAGGCCAGCGGCUGGAUGCGCCUGAAAAACAACACGGCUCCAGUGGAAGCCAGGAAGGAGGGGCUGAACAACAACGUCAAGGCUGUUUCCGUAGAGAUGCUCUCCCAGGAGGGUAAAGGUCAGGAAGCAGGAGGGGGCGGGGAUGUGGAGGAGGGAGGGGUGUCGAGUAGUAACCCCCUGCGUAAGACGGACUCCUGCGACAGCGGCAUCACCAAGAGUGAGCUGCGGAUUGACCGAGCGGGGGAGGCGAGGACCCCUGCUGCAGUCACCCCCCUCCUACACAGCCCUCUCCCAGGAGGAGCGGGGUCCCCUCACCCUUUCUGCCCCAUCCCGGAGCAGGCGCUGCAAGCCGCACUCCAUGAAACGCGGCUGGAGCUCAGGGGGGACAUCCAGAGUCUGGGAGGCCGUCUGGGCGCCCUGGAGAGACAGGUAGCUGAGAUUAUCAAACUGCUGUCAGACAAAAAGCGGCCGAACGCGAUCGUGCCAUCGGCCUCCAUCACACCCAAAACCAAAAUACAACGUCAGGACAUUUUCACCGUUUCCAGGCCUGUUUCUCCGGACUCGGAGAAGGACGACGGGCUCUGAAGGAAGCUUAACCAGUGGUGUAAAGUGAAUACUUGAAUACACAGUGAUAAUGCAGGUUGUUCCACUACGAUCACAUUUAUUAGAUCAAGGUUUGCUCGUUUUUUGGGGCCUCCGGCUCUGUCAGAUCCACAGUGCACCACUGGCGAUGCUAACAAACUGUCUUCGCUUACAUUUGCACACAGACUUUUAUCUCCAGAUCAUGUGAGAGUUUAAGCUCCUCGUUGGCCUGGAGCCGUUUUCUGAUUGUACAUACCUCUCUAUGCAUGUCCAGCUGGAUUCUGGCCUGCCAAAGAAACAACGUACUUAUUGCCUGUAUAUUAUGCAGUUGACUGCAUGCAAAUGGAAUUUAAAGACAUUUUAUUGAGCUACACUGUACAUAUGAAAUAUUUUUCAUUGAUAAUUUACUAUGUGGACAUUCAGGGUUUGCAUACUGGUAGCACUAUAAACAUUGAUUUAACAAAAGGGUUUACUAGCGAAGGAAAUGUGCAUGGAACAUUAAUGAGUAGAAAAAUAGAAAAGUACUUCCUUUUUUGUUGCCCGUGAGACGAAGUAGAAGCUCUCGCCUUGCCCUCUUGCCAACAGAUGAAGAAACUUUCUGGUACGUUUUAUAUCAACUAGUGAUUUUGCUUCUUAUAAUGAUUUCUAUUUUUGAUUACCAAAACGUCCAUGGCCUCGGUUUGAUGUCCGCUAAACCCUUAAAUGUUUAUUUUGUUAGAAUCCUCUAUGUGUCUAUGCAUCGCUCGGGUACACCGCUAGAAUAUUCAGAAUAUUAUACCCCUGUUGUCAUGUUGGUGAACGAAGGAAUGCAUGAAUCAGGGAUGGCAGAAUGCACUUUGUGUAAAGCUGGGAUGACGAGAAGGCUUUGGGGAAAUAAAACCGAGUUUCAGUUCACAUAAAAGUACGCUCAGCACAGUGACAUGUAAUCCCACAGCCCCGGCACCGUACACAUUAGUCUGAACCAGCCAGCAUUGCUAUGAAUUCUAUUAAUGACAGCAGCUUCACCACAAAACACUUGAGUAAUAAAAAAUAGAAUUCUAUAUUUCUUAUAUCAGUUUUCUAAAUCUGCAUGCAGAAGAGCAGUUUUAUGCUCCAGAUUGCAUACAUAGCUGCGUAUAAAUGUGUAAGCUCUCUCUCUCUCACACACACACACUCGCACACACACACACACUCGCUCUUCAUGCAUACACAUGCACGUUGAGAAGACACCUCUUGAUGUGAACCCUGAAGGUCCGGAGAGACUUUGCUUCACAGGAGGCAGAUCUGUCGAUAGCUCCGGUCUUUGGAGAUUU